GAAUCAUAACUAGGAAGGAACACCCCCACACAAGGAACCUGGUACGAACCAAGCCCUUUGAGCGGCACCAGAUGUACAUGCGAGUGUGGAAGGCUCGACCACCUGUGGGAGAGGCCAGCCGGAGUUCGGUGUGUCGGGAGGUCCACAAUAAACUCUUGAGGAAGGAGGAAAUCCCACCGACUAAAGCGCUGACUCCCAAUCCGUACAUCGUUCCAACCGACAAGCCUCGAUAUGAACUUCGCUGGGCCGUGCGACAGUGCAAUGAGAAUUACGAAAUGCCCCCUUGUGGAUUUUUCCAUGAAUCCUAA